AUGACUCCCGGGCGCUGGGUACCUAAGAGGACGUUAAGCAGGGUAGAUUAUAGGUAUAUGGAAGUCGUCGUCUUCGUCGGUCCGGGGCGGUGCAGCACCGUCCCUCACCGUCCUCCUCCACCACCAGCACGAGUCCCGGUCGCUGGGUAUUGGAGAGGAUGUAGAGUUGCAGGUCUAUCUGCAAGUGGCCCGAUGAUUGGAGAGAAGAAAGGAGGGAGGAAAAUAAGCGAGAUUUAUAUGCCCGCUGGCACUGGCACGGGGCUGCUGAGAGGCAAGCGAAAAAAAAAUCAACAGCAGGGCAAGUAUCUCUUCGCGCUCCUUCUCGCCGCGAACGUACUGCCACCUAGGGAGCCAGAUCGCUGCAACUACCACGUCGAAGAAGCCAGCAAGCCCACUCUGAGAGCGGCCGAUUAG